AUAAGCAUUCCCCGGCUGCUUUUAUUUGCGGGCAGUUCCAACAUACAACUUCACAAAGCUUCUCCCUUUUUCUUUCCCUUGAAAAAUGAUUCUGACAGCGAGAUGGGCGAAGUCUCUGUUUAAAGCGCCCAGACCACCGCCGGCACCUGUGAUCCCAAACGCGGACUUGGUUUCCGAUGAUCAUAAGAACCCCACAGCUUUUGAAGAGUCAGAGGUUCUGAGGAGGCUGAGAAACGAGCCCAAUGCCGGGCUGGCUUUUGAGUUCUUCAAAUACGUCUCCAAUUCCAAAUCUUUCAAGCACACCCAGCGAACAUACGGAGUGAUGAUCCAGAAACUGGGCUGCAACGGGAUGAUGGACGGAGUUCACUACCUUCUGCAGCAAAUGCACCUGGACGGGAUCCAUUGCUCCGAGCGCACCUUCGUCGCCGUGAUCAAUUUCUACAGGGAAGCGGAUGCUGCAUCUCAGUCCUUGAAAGUGUUCUACAGAAUGCAAGACUUCGGCUGGAAACCCACGGUGAAGGUUUACAAUCAUCUGCUGGACGCGUUGCUGGGCGAGAACAGGGUGGACAGUGCAUGCAAGCUGCUCGAUGAAAUGUCUCACAAGGGUUGCCCUCCUGAUGAUGUGAGCUAUACAACGAUCGUGUCCUCUUUGUGUGAUCUGGGCAGGGUGGAAGAGGCUAGAGACUUGGCCAUGGCGUUCGGUGCCACUGUUUCGGUUUACAAUGCACUCGUGAAUGGGCUUUGCAAGCAGGGGAAAGUGAAGGAGGCAAUCAAGUUGUUGGAUGAGAUGAUGCACAGAGGUGCCACUCCGAAUACCAUUACUUACACGCCGAUAUUGAAUGCUUCGUCGGAGUUGGGUAACGUCCCACUCUCCCUUUCCAUCUUAGCCAAAAUGUUUGUGAGAGGAUGCUCUCCCAACAUCUACACUUUUACCAAUUUGAUUAAAGGAAUGUGUGGUGCCAGAAGGUGGCAUGAAGCACUCGUUGUGUGGGAUGGUAUGAUCAAGGAAGGGGUUUUCCCUAACGUUAUUGCAUAUAACACAUUGAUACGCGGGCUUUGUUUGGCUGGAAAUAUGAACGCGUCUUUAUCUGUCUUCAACCAAAUGGAAAGGCAUGGCUGUCCUCCGAAUUUGACAACCAUUAGCACUCUCAUAGACGGAUUUGCAAAAUCUGGGGAUCUGAGUGGUGCAUCUGAGAUAUGGAACAAGAUGACAGUGUUGGGUCUCCGUCCAAAUGUUGUGGUGUAUACAUGUAUGGUGAAUGCCCUAUGUGAAAAUUUCAUGUUCAACAGUGCUUAUGAAAUCAUGGAGAACAUGGUGGUUGAAAAUUGCCCCCCAAACACCAUCACGUUCAAUAUAUUCUUGAAAGGUUUGUGUGCAAGUCGUAAAGUUGAUUGGGCUAUCAUGAUAUUCAAUCAAAUGGAAAUGUUUGGGUGUUCCAGAGAUGCAACCACGUACAAGGAGCUACUGAAUGGGUUGUUUAGAAACAACAACCUUUCCCUUGGUUUGGAGCUUUUAGUGGAGAUGGAAAAAAAGGGGGUUGAGCUUGAUCUGGGGGCAUAUAACACUAUAGCUUCUGGGAUGCUUGAAGAAGCUCCAAAAGUUGUUGCGAAGAUGCUCGUCAGGGGAAUAAAGCCCGAUGUUUUCACAUUCAACAUACUGAUAAAUGCUUACUGCAAGGGAGGUAAUUUCAAACUUGCCUGCCAGCUUCUUGAUGCAAUGAGAUCAGAAGGAUGGAAGCCAGAUAUAGUUUCAUAUACCUGUCUCAUAUCCAGUUUCUGUGAAAUGUGCGAUUUCGAAACAGCUACGGAUUGUGUUGGCAGGAUGAUAGAUGAAGGAAUUCUCCCAAACGCGUCUACGUGGAACAUUCUUGUGCGCUUUUUGGUUAGCCAGAUUGGUUAUGCUGACGCAGUUCGACAUUUAGACAGUGUCUUGGUGAGCAGAGCUUCAACAACAACAACAACCCAGUUGAAUCCCACUACAGUAGGGUCUGGGGAGGGUGUGUGUACGCAGACCUUGCCCCUACUCGGAAGUAGGGAGGUUGUUUCCAAGAGACCCCCGGCUCCAACCUGCACAAAAAAUAUGAUAGGGCACAAUAAAACACAGAUAAAACACCAAGUACAAUGGAAUGAUGAGCAGAGCUUCUUAGGAGGAAUUGAAAGUUCAAAUGUAGCCUUGGUGUGAAGAAUCAUAAAUUUAAUGGUGAAAUGCAUUAUUUGGCUCUAAUGUUGGAAGCCAUAAUGCAGUUGAAGAACCUUUGUUUCUUCUAAUUUGUAGCUGGGUGGUUCUGAACGAGGAGAAUACAGCAGAAUUUGCUUUCUUCAGGGGUUCUGAUGAAAAAAAUAUCUGAAAUUAAUCAGCACAGGACAUGAGCAAACUAUGAGUGAAUAUCACGGAGCUGAAGAAUACAGUUUCAGUGACAUGGCGACACCAGAAUUGUGUAAAGAAUGGUUGGUAGAUGCUUGCUGUGGGAUUUUGAGAUCAGAAUGGGACGGGGUAUACUCCAUGGCAGUCACCGUCGUGAAAACCGGCCUGCAAUUAAUGUCCCUCAUGCAUGCUCCCUUGAACUUUGUGACUCGGGACUCGCACAUCCUCCCCUCCACCACCAUUUUCCUUAUGCUACCUCCCAUCUCGGAAGGCAAAUCGGUGGCCCGAAGAGCAUCACAAUGAGGAUUGCAACUGCAUAUGAGCUAAGAGAGAAUGAAGCCAUUGCAAAGAAACACAUAGAGGAGGGGAUAAAAAGAGAUCUGCGGGGAUGAGGACUACGGAAUGAAUGAUGCACUGCUGC